UGGGGUGGGGGUGGGGGGAGGGGUGCUACUGGCCCUCAGUGGGUAGAGAGGCCGGGGAUGCUGCUAUCCAUCCCACAGUGCAAGCUGAUGGCCUCACAACAAAGACUUAUCCAGUCCAGGAUGUCAGUAGGUGGAGGUUGAGACUCCUGCUUUAAAGGUACAGUAGAUGUGGCCUGUGUUGUGUGAGCAAGUGGCCCGGGUGUAGUCCGCGUAGCACACGUGAUGUAUCUGGAGAUCUGAAAUUUCAUAAAGCAAGUAAGCUCCCAUUACAUGCCUGUGAGGUACCAUGGCUGGCAUAUUCCAGGUUUCACAGAAAAUUCGGGGCUGGGGAAGACAUUAAGUGGCGUUAAAUAUACUUAAAAACCCCACAGUAAAUAAAAAGUUCUAGAGCUCAUCUGCUUCUAAAACAAACCAGAUUCGUUGGCACUGGGAAGCUGUUCCGAGUCACUUCUUCAGUUAUUGGGAAACUUGCUCUGGUGCUGUCAUCUGCCAGUUUUCCCUCAUGUUUUAAGUUACGCUGAGUGUCUUCCCCCCCACCCCACCCCCCCGCAGUGUUUGAACUAGCCUUUAUGCGCUUGACGGUCCACGUUUUUGCACUCUUAAGUGCAAGAUAACUCUCCCUGGUUUUGUUUCCUCAGGUUUUUGCAAAAAUUUUUACAUAACUACCCACCCUCUCUCUGGGGCAGUGUUUUGGAACCUGGCCUUCUGUCCAUACGUUUCCCCUCGAGGGGCAUGGAUGGCAGGCUGCUCCCAUAGCUGAAAGAGACCAGGAGGGAGUGAGGGGGAAGGCACGGGGGUUCUUUUCAUGUUCUUGGGACUCCUGGAUCUCACACAUGAAAAGGUGGUUGAUCUCAAGAACCAAAAUGUGGUAUACGAACUUUAAACCGGAUUUCCUCAGACCAGAAAGGUCGAGUGAGCUUGUGGCCACGGGUGCCACUUGCCUGACCCUUGUCCUGUUCCACUCCCACCCCCCCCCCACCACCCCCAGGGCUUUGUCACACAGGCAGGAGGUGAGGAGCUGAGAAAAAGGCAGGAAGACAGGGAGACUGAAUUCUAGAAAGGGAAGGACUGUCUGCUGGAAGUACCAGUUGCCCCUAAGAUUGCCUGGGCUCCCAUUGACCUUAGAGAAAUGUAGGACUCUGAAAGGUAGCUUUUUUUUUUUUUUUUACAUCCUAAACCUGUGGGUAGACAGUAAGCAUCUGUUCACAUCUGUUUGUGCUGCUCUUGCUCUGUGACCUGCUCUGAAACCCCCGUGGCUGUCCUGUUCCUGGGUAAUAGGAACCGUGGAUUCUGGUGCUUUUCUGCCCUCUCUAACCUAUAAAGCGGCAACUCCCUCAGUCUCCAUUUACAGCUUUUCCCCAGCCAGGACCUUUUGUCACCUGGCUUACCUGCAGGUGCCCCAGAGGUGACUUGUAAAAAUAAAAGUCCUCUCCCAUACUUCUAGAAGGUGGUCUGAGGUGCAUCAUCCACCCAGUCUUCUGGCCAGGAAGUGCUUUGCCCACCUUGUGUCUGUCUUGACCCCUAAAUUCAGUGACCAGACCCUCCCCAAAACUUCUGUCCUGGGACUCUGACCUCAGAUCCUCAUCAUGUCGCAAACACCUCCUCAAUUAGCUUCCUGCCGCCUGUAUUCCCUGCUCCAGCUCAUCCUCCUCACUCUGCUCAGAAACUCAAGCUGCACAUGGUGUUUGCCUGCUGAAAAACAUCUCUUGGCUCCCUGUUGUCUACAGGAAGAAAUCCAAACUCCUCAGCUUGGCACCCGAGGACCUUCAUCAUCAGCUUCCAGACUCUCUUUCUAGUUUCGGGUCCUGCUACUUUUCUGCACCACGACUGUUUCUGCGUGUGCAUGGGUUGUUCAUUCGGGCUCAUCCCCAUCCACUUCUAGCAAACAGCGUUUCUUAGAUCUCCUUUCUUUCUUUCUUCUUCUUUCUUUCAGACCACUUCUUGCAGGGAGAAUCAGGUCCUCCAUCCAGAGGAUGUCCAGGCCGUCAUAAAGUACCUGUUGACCUGUAUUUCCCCACCUCCAGAAUAGGGGGGGACUUAACUCUUCUUUUUUCCACCUUCUGUACCUAGCUCAAGGAUUGCAUAGUGGUGCUUAGUUGAUAAGGUAUGUUGAUUGGAUCCAUUUUCUCAUACCAAAAGCAAGAGUUUUUGUAGAAGUGCAGGGUAUUGUUGGAGAAGAGCACAUAAAAUUUGGAAGCUAAGUCCUAAAUAUCAGUACAGACUGUGAGUAGGAAACAGAAGUAAACGAGUCUUUAGCACACCCAUCAUGCAGAGAUUUGGUGUUAAGGGAACAGUGGUGCAGAAGAAUUUUGAAUUACGGAAAUUUUAAAAUAAAACUUUGCUGAGCUUAAUUUGCUGGAAAUUAAAGAGAAAAAAAAUCUUUGUUAAUGCCUGAUUGCACUAAAAGCUGUCUCACUAGGGCCCUUACUAAUUAUAACCACUUUUCAUGGCUCUUAGUUUGAAGUUUAUAUUAAAUAGGAGAGAUGGGCACACAGAUCAAAGACCAAAAUCAUUUCAGAGCUCCAACGUGUAGGCCCAUUUUCUCUGCUUAGUUAGAUUUUUGUUUCAUUAGUGGAUGAGUUAAUAGGAGUGUUGGUCUGUGUAUAAUUUAACUUUUCUUUUUUCCGCUACUCCUUGGAUUGAAAACAAAACACCAGAUCAGAAACCUGCACUUUAUUUGUGGGUGCGUAUGUGUGGAAUAUACUUGAUGGAAGUUGAGUAUAGAUCAUAUUGAUGGAAAGAAUCAUUUCACUGUUUUAGGGGAGUUUCCUUUAUGCUGAGACUUUAUUAUUUUAAAAAACCCACUUCUGAAUAGACAAAAUCAUCUCAAAAGUGUUUAAGUUUCUUUUAAAAGAGGUGCAUUAUAGCUUCAAAGAUAGGGGAGAUACCGGAUAGAUUGGGUGAGAGACAGGUGUUUUACUGAUGGAGCUUUUUGUACCUAAAAUAAUUUUUUUAAACUGCAUAGUGGAGGGGCUUGGUAUCCUUCAUAUAAGAUGAAACCCUAGCUGAUUAAAAUUAUAUUCCUUACCUUUAAGUAUUCCUAUUGUGCUUACCUGAUAACUAGAGUUUAGGCUCAGAUCUGGCAGGUACACUCAGAUAUAAUAUUCUAACUCUUUUAUUUCUGAGGAGGCUUAUGUAUUUUCUUCUCUGCUGUGGAAAACAGAUUUUUUAAAAGUCAUUUUAGGCUCAGAUCUGGCAGGUACACUCAGAUAUAAUAUUCUAACUCUUAUUUCUGAGGAGGCUUAUGUAUUUUCUUCUCUCCUAUGGAAAACAGAUUUUUUAAAAGUCAUUUCUCUGCCAUCAUAGGGCUUUUAAUUGCUGUUUUGAGGGAUAAUUACAUAAAACUAGUGAACAUCUCAAACAGAUUUCUCAUGACUUGGUUAGUUAAUCCUAUAUUGGAUCAAACUGUUAAGUUAAAAUUUUAAACUAAGUAUAAUUUAAAAGAGACUUCACUUGUACAUCUCUAAACUUAAUUUGUAUUUAAAUCAUGAAAAUAAGGUUUCUGAGAACUAUUUGUUGUUCAGGACAAGCCCUUUUUCCUAAAAUUCUAUCACGUUGGGAGUCAGUAUCAGACCUGAUCUCCUUUAAAAUGUUUUUUUUAAGUUUAUUUAUUUAUUUUGAGUGAGAGCAUGAGCGGGGGAAGGGCAGAGAGAGAGAGAAAGAGAGAGAGAAUGAAUAUCUCAAGCAGGCUCCACACUGUCAGUGCAGAUCCCCGAUGCUGGGCUCGAACUCAUAAACUGUGAGAUCAUGACCUGGGCUGAAAUCAAGAGCCGGAUGCUCAGUGGAUUGAGCCAGCCAGGCAACCCUAAGCUCCUUUUAGAAAACAGUUUUCUACCCCCAGAUUUGCCAACCUCAGAGUGUUAAAUUUUUUUUAACAUUAACAGGUCUUUAUUUAUUUUUUAUUUAUUUAGUAUUUGAAUAUAUACCAUGUGAAGGCUGUAAUAAACACCAAGAGUGUAGUAUGAGAAAGAGACCUUUGCUGGCUUUACAGAGGUUGGAAAAUACCCAUUCGUCCACCAAGUCACGUACUUCUGUGCUAGGUGCAAACUGAAUGAAGUAGGACAAGGACAUAUGAAGUUUGACCUCUGGGUGUGGGCAAGAUACUGGGAGGCAGGUCAAGGAAGGCAUCCCAUGGAGCUAAUAAUGUCUGAAAGAUGGUGGAGGGAAGGAAGGAGUGUGUUGGACAACAGCUUACUCAAGUCCUGAGGUUGGGGAGGGGGCUGCCCACUGAAGUGAGAAAAGCACUGUGUGUGUCUGUGUGUGUGUGUGUGUGUGUAGGAAGAAAAGACACAGAACCAAUGAAUGACAGCACAGUGAGGUAGGUAGGGGCUUCACACUGUAACCCACAGUUAUUUGGAAUUUUUCUUAAGAACUUAAACGGUGUUAGGCCAAAGAAUGGCAUGAUGAGAUUUGCAUUUUUAAAGAUUAUUCCUGCCCAGAGUGGAGGAUAGACUAGACUGCAAGGAAGCUAUUAGCUAUUUUGCCUUCUGUUUGCAAGAUGCAUAAGGCCAGUUUUUCAAAAUUUUGAAAACCAGGGGUGCCUGGGUGGCUCAGUCAGUUGAACAUCUGACUCUUGAUUUUGGCUCAGGUCAUGAUCUCACAGUUCAUGGGAUUGAGCCCCAGGUCAGGCUCUGCACUGACAAUGCAGAGCCUGCUCGGGUCUCUCUCUCUCUCUCUCUCUCUCUCUCCCUCUCUCUCUCCCUCUCCCUCUCCCUCUCUCUCUCCCCCUUCCCCAUUCAGGCCUGCUUGUGCAUGCAUCCAUGCAUGCACUCUCUCUUUCCCUUUCUCAAAAAAAAAAAAAAUUUUAUUUGAAAACCGGUGGUGGCUUGGAGUAUGGCGGCCAUAAAGGUGGGGAGCCUGGAUGGCUUUGAUAGAGAUCUCAGCAGUGGGAAGGACUCCUGGAGGGGGAAGGGGAGAGAUGGCUUCCACGUCUGGCUUUUGUGGUAGAUGAGUGGGGGUGCCUUUCUCUGAAACUAGAGUGCUAGAUAAAGCAAGGUUCAUAAACAAGGUAUGUUCCCUGUUCUUUAAAGAAUGAUUUUUAUGUUCUUUAAUACUUUCAGCAUCUUCUCUGCUUGUAUUGUUUUCAUCGGUUCAGACUUACACCCCUGGCAUGGAUAAAAGCCUGAAGAGUAGCCCUAUAUUUAAAAAGGGAGAAACGGAAACAAGUGAAUAGCUUCCUCCUUCCCUCCUCAUUCUCUCCCUUUCCUUCUGUCCUUUUAAUUUUUUCUGAUGUCUAAAGGAAAUGGAAAGUUUUCUUAUAGAGGGCCCAAGCUUCUGAAUGAUUUUCGGAUGAGAUCUGCAACUGUCUUCGGAGCGUUGAAGUUUCUGUUUGUUUUAGUGAUGCUUGAUCUGUUUGGCUUGUGAGCACAGGGCUCGGGAAGAGGCUUUGGGUAUGAACCAAGGUAGGACUCUCAAAACUGCACGAGCCUUUGACUUAGGAGUGUCAGAACUCCCUCCUGACCUGAUUUUCCAGCAUAUUUCAUAGUGGUCACCUGACACUCUCAGUGUCUCAGAACCGCAUCAGUAUUUUGCUUGCUCGGUAAUCUGCAUGAAAACAGAGUUCAUUCAGUAAACAAAACUUGCUGUGUAUCUACUGUGUGCUGGGCUUUCCACUAGAUCUGUGGGUGUCAAAGGAAAAGAUUUUAAUCCCUGCCACAAGGAACAUAGCUUGUCCCCACUGAGCGAUUGUCUCGCCUGUAUUUGAACUCUUCUGGCCAUGGCCCACUUGCCCCUCCCAGGCAGACCUGGGGUUUUUACUACGUUAAUUAACUUUUUUUUUUUUUUCUUUUCAAGGCAGACAGAUCUUUGUGGAACGAGAUAGAAAGUGACGUGUUUUCCACUGAGCUGGUGAAAACUAGAAGCUGCAGCUGAGGCAUGCUGCCUCUUGUAGUGUGACCCUCAGGUCCAUAGGCGAGGGCCCCCCUCAGUUACUUUCUCCUGCACUGGAAACUCCUGCUUCCUGAUGGGGGCGGUGUCUGCCUCGCUUGCCUGCACAGCCGUACCCCUGUGUGUGAGCCAGGACACCACCCCUUCAGGUGAUCUCACAAGAAAGUAUCAGCAGUGCUCCUGAAUUUGGUAAUGCUUGUCUCUGACGUUAUACAAAUGACUCAUCAAAAAGCCUCAGGUGAGUCCCAGCAUGUCCCAAAGAUGCUUCUCUUUUAUGGUAUCAAUCCCGACCAGUGUAACCCGAACAUCCCAGGGGGCUCCAAAUAGUGCUGUUGUCUGUCCACACUGGGGAAAACAUGAUUUUCCAUUUCUUGCUCAGGAGCGUGGGUGUUUCUGCAUCACUGCAACCAUAAAUCCUGUUAGAACAGACACCACACUUUAUUCCAGGCCUAUAUUUGAUAAGAUGAACCAGUUAGGGUAAAAAAAAAAAAAAAAAAAAAAAAUCAACAAAGUCCUUGCCCCAUCCUAUUUCUUUCUAAUUUAAAUAGCCUGUCUAGGUAAGGAGAUGCUGAGAAGAAAGCUUUAAAAACUGGGUGUAAGCAUAUUUUUUGAAAAUUUAAAUCUUAAGGUACUAUGCAAACAACUCACGUCUUUCAACCUGACCGUGAGCUGUGGAUUUGGAGGUCUAACAAGAAGUGUGUUGCCAAUAAAACUUACUAGGUAAUGGCCUUGUGAUGAAUAUCCAGAAUUGCUGUCAGUAGUAUAUUCAGUAGCCAGUAUCUGUGACAAACCUAUAAGUUCCCUGUUGGAUAACUCAUCCAUAACCCUAGACAGUGAUGAGAACACACACUGUCUGUUGGGUAAUUUAUUUUUCUCUAAACAGUUGUGUAUUUGCAUCCUGAUACCCCUUGUUGAAGGGCUCGAUGGUGCUAGGUUCCCUAGACAUUGGGAUGUUGGAAUGUCUUCUGUGUGGCUACCUUCUGGAUAUAUUAGACCAUCUGCUGUGUUAAGAUUAAGUGAAUGAAAGUUUAAUAUAUUUCAUGUAAAGCUCCUGAAGAGGUUCAUGAAACAAAUUAAUAAAAAGAUACAUGCUUUGGAAUUUUAAUGAGCUUUCUCCAGAGAAUUUCAAGGGGGUAUCAGUAAGGACAGGCUGUGUGAUCUUCCAUGAUCUUCCAUCUGUCCAUGAUAUGUCCCUUCAUUGUAAAACCAUAGCCAUUGUUGUCUUGCUAAGAACAUAGCAUUGGGGGCACCUAGGUGGCUUAGUUGGUUAAGUGUCCAAGUCUUGAUUUCGAAUCAGGUCAUGAUCUCAGUUUGUGGGAUCAGCCCCCAUGUCAGGCUCUAUGCGAACAGCGCAGAGCCUGCUUGGAAUUCUCUCUCCCUCUCUCUCUCUGCUCUCCCCCCUCUUCUGUGCUCAUGAGGGCAUGUUCUCUCUCAAAAUAAACUCAAAAAAAAAAAAAAAGAAUGUGGCAUUGGGAUAGGUGCUGCACAGAUUACUUUUUCCUUAGGAAAGUGCCUGUGCUGCCUUAGAAUGAGUCAGUUCCAUGUGCGUUUGGUUAUGUCAUGGCAGUAAGUGCUGAGAACCCUGGGUAGUUACACCUCCUGUCAUUUUCAUUGUUGUUUUCUUUUUUUGAGCAGCGCUUGAUGUUGAUGUGGGUGAUAAUCAUGGCAUGUGGGUAGACACUUGCUCUUUAUCUGUCCAUUGGAGAGUAGAUGGUGUGCAGUCAUGCAUCCGUGUUGUGGAAUACUCUAGAAAAAGGGGGGAGCGUAAUUGUCUUGGGGAGGUAGUGUGGUCAAAUUACUGUACUUGGAGAAUGUGAUCAAAAUGGCUCGGCAGCUCUAUUUCAUCGUUACCUUUAUAUAGCCCAUGAAAUUUUGGAAAGGCUCCUGUGGUUGGCCAGCCCUUGGAGGUCUCAUCAUAGUGAGUGCUGCCGCCUGUGUCUCUACAGAAAGCUGAAUACAUAGACACCACCCUUAAACAGCAGAAACUGUGAUGUGGUCAUUUAUAGUACAGGGAAGUCUGCCUUUAAAUACGUUCUAUAGACCGCAUUUGGGUUAGAGACCACCUUUGGUGAAAAACAUCACCGGACAAGGCCUGCUUGUGUUUGUUUUAAAUCAGAUAAACCAGAAGUUAGAGGUUAAGUCUUUCAGUUUCUCUUCUGCCCUUGCUGGACUUAAUCGAUGACUCCAAUCUGAUGACAAAAAUCUCAAGUUAUUCUGCUUUAAUUUUCACCCUUUUUUGGUGGUUAGGCUUUUCAGGUGGACACACACUCCACGUGGAUACCGGGAGCAGCAGUAAUGACAUCUAACAUUUAUGGAGCAUGUACUAGUCACCGUUGGUUGUCCUAAAUUCUUGACACGGAUGGUCUCAUUCAUUUCCUCACAACGACUCUUUGACCCUAUGAUGUAGGUCAGUUAUUAUGCUCAUUAUUCAGAUGAGAUGGGGACCCAGAGUGGCAACCGGCGCUGUGUAGCCCGAGUCGAGACCCUGUGCUUGUGGCCACUGCUCACCCCAUGAUCCAGUCACCAAAUAAAUAUUCUCUGACACCUGCCAUAUGUAGAGCCCAUUGGUAUGUACCAUCAAGGGGAAAGGUGUGCAGGAACAAGCGUGUGACAGGGUUGCUGGCUUCUGGAAAUGGCAGGUUAUCUGGCAUUUGAUAAGAGGAGUUAGACAGACUAUGCGUUCAGUGGAAGAUCAGGAGGGGAGGUGUGUGUUUGCUGGAGUGAGAGGCUUGCACAGGUGGUGUGGUGUUGGCUCACAGAUCAGCUGGAGGGAAGUGUCUGUCCCUGGAGCCUCCCACUGGCACUAUAGGAGAGACCCAGUGAUGAAGCCCUGCACAGAUCUUUCUGGAAGCUAAACUUCCCCCGUGACCCCAUUAGAGAGGUUCCAGUGGAUCGGAGGUUGUCUUUCUCGUGUGGUGAGAGAUGCCCCCAAAGUGAAAGAGUGAGGGCUUGGAGUUGGGGCUUCUGCUGGCCCUCCGUGUGAUGGGUAGUGGGGUGCGUGCCUGGCUCUCAGGCCUGCUUUCAAUGUCACUGAAAGUGCUCGAGCUCUGUUUCAAAGUAAGAACGGUAUGUGGGCCAUUUUGGAAAAGCCUAAGACCUGUCAGCUCUAUAAUCAUUUGGGGAAAUUGAGUGUUGGUUUGGGUUUCAGUAGGGCUGGUGCCUUGAAAACAGGCCCCUUGCUGUUUUAUGUUAUAAUAGGCUGUCACGUAAUAUAUAAAUUCAAGAUUUGGGGUCACCUGGGGGGCUCAGUUGGUUAAGUGUCUGACUCCUGAUUUCGGCUCAGGUCUUGAGCUCAUGAUUCGUGAGUUUGAGCCCCACAUCAGGGUCUCCACUGACAGUGUGGAGCCUGCUUGGGAUUCUUUCUCCCUCUCUCUCUGCCCCUGCCCUGUUCAUGCUGUCUCUCUCUGUCUCUCUCAAAUAACUAAAAAACUUUAAAAAAAAAAAAUUAAUUCAAGAUUUUUGCCUCAAGAUGCUAGGGUUCAGGAUCAAUGACAUAAGCGGCUCAGUCAUCUGUGCUAACUAGUGAAGGGGGUGUAGCAAUUGAUCUAAUUACUAACCUGAUCUUAAACUUUGUCCAUAUGCAAGGGAGAUAGCCUUUGGAAGGUAAUGUUCUUUGGUUGCUUUGCUUUUUAAGCAAUAGGAGCACUGUAGACUGGAGGGCAGUGAUAGAAAGCCGUCCUUUCUCCCUUAGGAUGUUUGGGGAUGGAGGUCACCAGUGUGCAUCGUUCCUCCCCUUUUUGGGGGUGCCUGAGCAAGUUAUGGGAACUGGCAGAUCUCGAAUUGCAAUGAGUGCUUGAUGGUCUGUUUCCUGUUUCCGGUGGGUCUGUGGAGAAGGAUUGUUUUGAAAUUGGUAACCAAUAGAAAAUUUCAGCCUUGUGUGCUGCCAGCUCAAUUGUAAAUGGGCUAUCUUCUGCUUACUGCUACUAUUAUGGUCGUGGUCAUUUUGCUUGUGGCAAUUUGAUAGCUUCAGCAGAGUGUAGGGACAAGAUGUGUGGGUUGGGAGGCCAGCGUUCUGUGCCCCUUUCCAACCCUCCGUGGAAUACCACCAUCAGCUUCCCUGCAUCGGGAAGUGUCACUUCUCGACACUUUCCCCAGGUACUAAGCUCCAGGGAUGAAAGGAUGAGCAAAGCGUGCCCUAAAACUCCCCGGUGCAUCACAGCCAGCAGGGACAUGGGGGCAGGCAGAGGACCCGGGAGUGGGAAGUAGUGGGAGGAAAGAGGAAGUGAUGUCUUCACAUGGGAAGGGCUGGCCAUGUGGAGAAACAAGUGGGGAAGGGAAAACGGACUUCUAGGCAGAAGAGCAGUGUUUGUACUGGCCCUGGAGUGCAGAAAUAUGAGGCUUCUUUGGGGCCAGAGUAGGGUAGGAAGUAGGGUCUGGCUGGAGGGGUAGGGCCAGGGGUGUUGAGCUGAGUUAGGGAUGGAGGGAUGUUGAGAUGGGAUUCUGUAAAAAGAGACAGGCUGGCUUGUGUAGACAGUGAUGAGCCAUCACAUGCUUUGAAGUGGGGCCAUGAUGUGAGCGGCUUGUCUCAGAGAAAGAACACUGCUAACUAACCCUUUAGAAAAAGAAGGCAGUGGAGGAGACAACAUGUCCAGCAAAGUGUAGCAGGAACUUAGAAUUUGGUGCUGUGUUUAACAGGAUAAUUUACCUUCCCUUGCGCCUCCCCCCCACCAGAGGUUUUUCAGCCUAGGAUGUGUGGGCUGCCCUCUGAAAUGUGACAUGAUCUGGUUGAGAGGUGGGAGCUUUAUUUCAGCAAAUAGAACUCAGGCCAGCUAUAUUUAAACUUCCUUAGUUGUGUUUUACUCAUUGGUACUUAUUUAGGCUUAUCAGGUAGCGGAAUUAGUUGGAGGAGAGAGACUCCUCUCUUUUCCCUCUGGGAGUGGACACUGGGAGUCAGAGGGAAUUAUUUAUGUUGUAAUUGUAAUCACCAGUUUGUCAGCUGGGAGUGAAUGGGCUUGCAGAGGGAGCAGGCAGAGGGCUAGCUCCUUUGCAGUCUGGAUGACCCUGGGGCUGAAGGUUUUGGGGGCUGAGAGCCCCUGGUGGAAAUUGUUCCUAAAGAGGAAGCGCCCUGAGCAGGGCCUGCCUGCUCACCUGUGCCUUUGAACUCACCCAGGUAGUGGCUGUGCCUCUCAUGCCCCAGCCCUCUGCUCAGAUUCCACCUGCCUCUCUGUAGAUGAAGUCACUCUGGAAGGGGAGCUCUGGUGCCCAGAGCUUAACCCCCCUGCCUGGGUGUGUGUGUGUGUGUGUGUGUGUGUGUGUGUGUGUGUGUGUGUGUGUAGGAAGUCACAUAGCAGGCCCCAAAGACAAUCAGUGGUUUAUUAACUACAGUAGGGACACGAUAUUGCCUUUUCUUUUAGGUUUUCAGAGUCCUCUGCCCUCUGGGGAAGACGUGUUCAAUUUUAUAUGUGUGGCUGGAUACAUUUCAAAGCCGGUACUCAUGGACUGAGGGACCUGGCUGAGAGGGCUGUGAAAAAUGUAGGCGGGUCCCCUCGAUUCAGGAGGUAGGACACAACAUAGACCUUAAAGUUAAUGAUCUCUAUCCCCAAAAACUGAUUUUCUAUGUUACGAGUCUGUGAGCUGUUGGCAGCCUCCUUUGUUCAGUGUUGUUUCUGAACAUGGUCUCUCAUUUGUGCUAGACAUGAGCUGGAGGAAGUGGGGUGCUGGCUACAGCGGGGCUUUGGGGGACCAGGAGGGAAAUGGUGCGGGAGGCAUCUUCCUUUUGUUUGUGUGACAGCCAGGCACACAGGUUAGGGAAGGAAAGCGCUGGGUGUGCCCAGGGCCUUGUGCUGGCUGGUUGUGUGUGUUACUCCAUGGAUGGGGCGUGGGUAUCAUUCCCCUCUUUUCGGAGACCGGAAGCUGAGGGUUAGUGGUGCUCGUGUUUCUGAGGUCACACGGCUAGUGUCAGACUGCCGGGAAGCUUCCUGUUCUGGCCUAUCUCCGCUGUUUUAAGGGAUGUUCUUUUGUUACACAAAAUCUCAUUACGCCUUUGUACCUGGAGAGCUUGUAGCUAGCGUUUUGGAACCUUGAUUCUUUAACAGUUUGCUUAGAUUUGAGCAUAACAUAGUAUUUGAAGGCCUCACAAAUAUCCCUAAACAAGCCAGCUCCUGCAUUUAGGACACUAGGUUGAGGCAUGGUGGAGCGUGGUGGUUCUUGCCUUUGGGAGUUUACGAUGGGAAAGGAAUUCGCACUGCAGUGUGGACCCCAGGCCUAGCACCCAUGGGAAGGCUGAGGCUAACAGAAGAAACCGAAGUGUGGGCAUAGAGGGGCAGGUGGGGUGUGGCGUUUCGGGUGUCAUUUGGGAUCGAGGAUCGUGUACUGGAAGAUGAUAGGGUUGGAGGGCUACCUGGGGCAGGGUGAGGUAGAGACCUGGAGCUUCUGUAAGUGGGAGGGAGCCUUAAGGUUUCGAGCGGAGAAGUGACAGGUUGGCCUGAACAUGCUUUAGAGGCAUCCUCAGAAUGGGGAGUGUGGCAUGUCUGUGCUCCGGGUGGCUGCCGUGGCUCACUUCCCUGUUCGUUUCUGGCCCGAGGCAGAGAGUGCCUCCCACGUCGGCUGGUACAGGAUGAACCAAGCAGUGCUCAGGAUCUCUGAAGUGCCUAACGCCACCGGAGUGAUGUGGACCCGCAGGGAGGCUUGAUUUCUUUACAGCCAUAGACAGACUCAUUUAAAAGCUGAAUCACAUAUGUUGGGCUUAAUAUUUGACUUCUAAGUUAUCAACUCCAGGUGAGCUACCCUCAAGAGCAUGAUGUGUGGUAGGGAGGGUGCCCAGGGCAGUGGAGACCUGCUUGGUAGAAGGUUCGGGUUCUUAUGGUCUAGUGUAUCCCUUUGGGGGGCUUGUUCGCUGAAACACCAUAUCAUGUUUAUAAUGUUGGCAUAUUGGUUUGUCCCUUAAUAGCACUGGUUUACUGAAGGUGGGGCCGGAAGGCUUUCCUGGCACGUGUGUGUCCUGAGAUGUGCUGUGUGGACACCCUACCUGGAGCACUGUGGCCCCAGAGGCUGGGGCCAGUCUACCAGCCUCCCCCACCAGCCGGUUUUUAAGUCUGUGGCUGUCUUUGGUGGUUCCUGGUGAGAGAAACUGUGGUGUCCACCACAGCCCAAAAGGACAGCAGGGACAUGCUCACUGCCUGCUUGGGGAGAAAGGGAGCCUGGAUGUAGGAGUUUUACUGAUAACUCGCCCGUAUAUCAUUUUUACCCUCUGUAGCCUUCCUGUAGAACCCUGAAAAGUCCAAAGCCCUUUCCCACCUUUCCUUUGCUCUUCGACCCUCUGGGGAAGCUGGAAAGUGCCCGAAAGAGAGGCAGCUGGAUGCAUAAUCCACACACGCCAGCUGCCGCCCCAGGUGACCCAGACUCAGUGGGUCUGUCAUUUCACAACUAUCUGCAUCUGAUCCUGCUCCAUGGACACACACUCAGCACCUCUGUAAGGAGCAAAUUGCUCCUCGCGGCUCCUGCCCCACGUGUGGCCUCCCCAGCUCUUUCCCUUUGAGCUCUGUCCGUGAGGAUGCCCUCCUUGCCCCCUUCCCAUUCAUUUGUGUGCAGUCAUUUCUGAGAAGCAGCUGUGCACCCAUCAUGUGCCAGUCAGGGUAAAUGCUUUUCAUGCAUGAUCUCCAUAGUCCUUACAAGAACCCUACCAAGCCAGUGUAUUCACAUCUUGCAGAUACAGAAGGUGGGGUCUGAGGAGAUGGUCCUAAUCAAACCAGAUACCCUUAAUAUGCAGGAGACUCUGUGCACCCCAGCUUUUUGUGCCUUGUCUCCUUUAGUCUUUGCAUUGACCUUGUGAGGUCAUUGUUCUCUCCAUUCUACAGAUGGGGAAGCUGAGGCUUAGAGCCUUUAAAUAAUUUGCCUGGAGUCACUCCAGCCUAAGUGACAGAGUCCAAAUUUGAGCCCCGGCCAGUGUCCUUCACUACAGGUGCUCUUAAUUAAUCUUUGCUCUUCUGUAUUUCUUUGGGUAGAAAUUUCUCCCUUGGGGCUGACUCGGAGCCCAUGGCUUCUGUUGGAUUUGUUUUCUAAUGCUUUUUCCGUGCCUAAAGGGGGAAGUGAGGAAGCUAAUGUUAAUCAAGUACCCACUAGAUUUUUAGGCACGUGUUAUGUUUUCCUUAUGCUGGAGUAUAUGCUCCAGGAGGGCUUUUUGUUCCUUUUUUUGGUUUGUUCCUCCAUGACUCCAAGCAUGUUACCACAGUGCCUGGCACAUCUGGUGCUCGGUCAGUACUCAUCAAAUGAAUGCAGGAAUGAGGCAGGGGUUCUGUUAACCCACUUUAUAGGUGGAGGCAGUGAGGCGGAGAGGUAUGUGACUUGCCCUUCGGCACACGCCACAGUUACGAGCUGCUUUUGCUCUUUACACCACAGAUCUUCUGUUUUUUUUUUUUUAACAGAUCUUUUUUACACAUGUAAAAUGUAGGGAGUAAUCAGAUCUAUGUCAUGGGAUUGUAGGGCAUGAUAUAAAACACUAUAAAUACUUACCCAGUGUCUGGCACAGCAUAAAGCUUGGAUGAGUGGCAUUGCUUUUGCUGUGUUUCAAAUCUCUCGUCUGCAGGUGGCUUCAUUUGGGGCAGGGUUGACCUACAAAUCAGCAAAGCUGAAAAUUUGCUAGCCACUGAAAACUUUUAAUUUUAUUAAUCGAAUGUCCCUAUUUGUGCUGUACUCUCCGUCAAGCCAUAACAAGUAAUAACAUUGGUGAAAUCAGUUUAAAUCUACCCCAGGCAAAUGGCUGCAACGAGCAAGAUUUGAUUAAAUUAUAUUUUGCGUCUGCUUUGUUUCUAGUCAGAAUAUUCUCCCAGAAGGGCCUGAGGGAUCACCGUCCAGUUGUUCCUUAGAACCCCUUAAUUUACAGGUGAGGAACCUGAGGCCUAGAGAGAUACAGGCUGGCGGGGAGGGUGGGGCAGGACUUGGUCUUGCAGGUUAAGCUCUCUUCAGCGUCAGCCACCCUGUCAAGUCCAGACUGCCAGAGAUUUGUCCUCCGUGGGCUUGUCCGAACCCUCUGCAGGAGCCCCCGCAUUCCUGCUGAGGAUGUUAGUGAGUAGAUCCUAUCAAGAGCCAGUAAAUCAGAAUCGCUGUACUAUGUGAACAUUUCUCAUUAUAAAAUGUUCAUAUUUACUGGAAAUAAUACGAGGGAGUGUGAGAGACAUCAAACCCCCUGUCAUCCUGUCCCUUGGAUUGCAAAGGAAAUAUUCCUAAGUCUACAAACUUGUUUUUUCCCCAUUAGGAUUUUGUUAUUUCGUUGCAUUUUUAACUCAUUCUCACCAUAGGAAAUUCUAAAUGAACAAAAAGGGAAAAAAAGCUAAUAAAGCACAAAGUAAAAUUUCCUUUCAUGAGUCUGAAGUAACUUUUAAUGUAUGUCCUUCUAGGUGGUCUUAUGUGAAAACAUAACCUACUACUAAAAUGGGAUUCAUUACAUUUGUAGACAAUUAAAAAGCCCAUUUUUGUACACGCCUUUAUACCAAAUCUGUUAAAAAUUUAAUGUGAUAUGAUAAGUAUCUGCUGAUGUAUUUAAAUGUUCUUUAACAUGAAAAUCACAUUACUUGGAUGUGCAUAAUUUAGGGGAGAGGGCCAUAGGGUAAUGCUUUCAUUAUUUUGCAUUCCCUGGGCAUUCAUCAUGUGAAGGGAGGAGGGGUAUUUUCCUAGGUUAAAUGAAGCCAAUCGAGGAUUAAAAUUUUUACUGUGAAUUAUUAAAGUUAAUCAGAGAUUGAUUAUUCUAAAGAGGAAAACACUGAAACAAUAUAUUUAUUUUUUGAUUAGCAUAUGAUCUGUCCUCUUAUUACUCUAAACCAAUCAGUCACUGAUGAAAAGCAAAUUGAGCAGUUCAAAAAGUCCUUCCAGAGGGCCGGACUGUCUUGAGAAGAAGUUUCCCAUCCAAUGUAUGACACGGUGUUGUGAAUGCUACAUACAAUGUGAUAUGUAGUUUACCUGUGGUUGUGUUUUUAAUUGGGUAUUUUGCUUCAAUUAAUGUCAUGUUAUUUGGACAUUUUAGAGCAGUUACUCCCAAUUUUUCCCAAUAUAAGGACCUAUUGUAAUGGAAAAACUUUUUCCAGAGCAAGCACAAUUUCAAUUAUAGAUUCUAUUGGCAGUGUCCGACAAAAAAUUCUUUAAAAUAACACAUUUCAUGGAAUUAGUUUAUUACAAGAGCAUCUUCACACUCUUGCCAAGUAACAGUACAUAUAUGUGUAUGUGUAUGGUUCACUUGGUUUGCAGAUGCUUGAUGAGCGUAUGAAUGAGUGGACCCCCUGAACUAGCUCCCUGGGGCAUCUGCCCUAGAGGAAAAUGGAUCCUACAUAUGAAGAAUUCUGAGGUCGAAUGUUAGGAAAAUAACGAUUAGAUCAGUUCUAGAGGGCAAAUGAGAUGCUCGAACUCCAGGAACAGCUGUGCAGGUGCAAGAUCUGAAGGCCUUUAUGUGACAGGUUAGGAGGAUGCAUUCCGUUCCAUCUGCUCGCUACUGAAGCUUCCAGAGGUGCCCACCCAACCUGCUCCUCAUUAUUUCAAAGGAAGAAAUGUUGGAGAAGUAAACUGAAUCAGAAACACUUCAACAGACCUUAAUGGCAUAUCUCCCUUGGCCCUUCUGAUUAAUUUCAUAUGAUCUGUUAGAGAGAGGGCUGGAUUUGCAGGCUAGGUGACUAGUCAGGUUCUAAACCCAGCCCAGCCUUGAUUAUGGUUAAUGGAAAGAUACUGCACCUUGCACCUUGGUUUUUCCAUCUGUAAAAUGGGCAGAAUCUCUUUCCGUUAUCAUAUUCUUAGGAGGUGACUUAAGGAUGCUCCCAGGCAGUGUUUUCUCUUUUUAAUCAGUAGAAGUAAACAGAAAAGCUUUUGUGAGGCUAGACACUAUUGUCCUUCCAUAUCAAGGAUAAAUACCAUAAAACUAGGGAAUUUCUAAGUAUCCUUUAUUUAUCUAUUUAUCCUUUAUUUCUAAGUAUUCUUUAAGGCAGAGCAGCAGCCAGAGGACCUGCCAGUGAAGUGAGACCUUCCUCAAAAACCAUGCACCUGAGGUUCUAUUUUCUUCUCUUUAAAAUGAGGGUGUUAGUGACUUAGUAAUUGUUCAGUAGUGAUACCUCUUAAAACACUAUUCUUAGGGAUGCCUGAGUGGCUCAGUCAGCUAAGCAUCCAACUCUUGACUUUGGCUCAGGUCAUGAUGUCAGUUUGUGAGAUUGAGCCCCAUAUCAAGCUCUGUGCUGAUAGUGUGGAGCCUGCUUGGGAUUCUCUCUCUGCCUCUGCCCCUCCCCCCUCUCUCAGUAAAUAAACAAACAAACAACACAACACUACUCUUGGGCUCUGACAACAAAAUCCUUACACUGCUUAACCACCCAGAUGCGGGUAGGAGACUUAGCCACCUCAUUUCUGAUGUCAGCUGUAUAAUAUGAAGGAAAAGCAUCCCUCUGGUUUUCUGAUUAGUUAAGGCUGGGAGCAGGUAUUCUGUUUACAUUGUAUGUGGUAUCUGUGCAAAUUCAAAAAAAUGUUGCAUGUAAUCUUUAUUUCAAACUUACAUAGCCUUUUCAAGUUGCUUGCUCCAGUGAACCUUCAGGAGUGUCUUAGCAAGCAAAAGAGGGCACACAGUAAGCACGUAUCAGUUGAGCCUGGGAAAGAGCAGGGUUGGGGAAGCUACUACCCAGAAAAGACCGUGUUGUUUGGAUUUUCUGCAAAAAAAAUAAAACUGGAUUUUUCCUAAAGGAGACAGGAAGAAUUAUUUUCACUAAGCGGACUUGGUGAAAGAGGUGGCCUGUGACUAGAGUCACCUGAACUGUGAGUUACAGGGCCACUGCUGUCUGCACAGUGGGACCAGUGCCUCCCCUGCCUGAUGCCCGCAGCUGCGGUGAGACUUUCCCAGUGCACAUCACAGGCGGUGCUUCCUUCUGAUGAACACUGACCUCACAAAGGUUUCCAGGCAAGAAACCCUCCAAACACAAUUUCAAGAAUUCCAAGACAAUUUUGCAGUUCUGAUUCUAAGAGAGGUUUGAUUGGAAAGGGGACUCCAUCUGCACUUUCUUUCUUCUUUGUUUUAUAGAUGUUAGUAAUUAUCUUUAAAAAAAAUAGAAAUGAGUUCUGUCUUAAGAUUUCAGCUGAGUUUAUUUUGAAGAACUGUUCGGUCAGCUGGGGUUUUUCUCCCCAUCUGUAGUUUGCUUCAGGUUUCAGUGACUUGGCAAUAUGGAGAUAAUUCAUAGUAGCUCACUAAGUUUUUUGUAAGAGAUGUUAUUGGAGGAGGGGUUACAGAUGCAUUGUCGGUUUAGAAUACAUAAGUAAAGGUUUCUCUGAACCUACCUUACUUUUUGAACAGGAGAAAAGAUGAUUUUGGGGGUGUAACAGUGUACCAAGUAAUGAAGAGCAGUCUUCAAAGACCUUUAAAUCUAUAAACAAAACAUAAAUAUCUUUAAUCAAAAUGUUUUGAGUUCUGAACCUGAUGUUUCAAGGGUGCUUUAUUAUCAGGUGGCUUGCAGAAACACGUCAUUAAUCAAACCUGUUGCGUUUCCCGCAGAAUUUCAUUAAAAAGGUUCCCAUACCCCUUAGAUGAGGGGCAGUGAAACAGAAACUUGAUAGAAAUACUAAGGAUGGGGAAAGAUCAAGCCACCGUGGCACCUGGUCCUCCUUUCACUUCCUUUCCCAACUCUGCCCCUCCAAGAUGUCUUCGAGAAGAUGGAGGAAGCUGCAUGCAGCUGGGGUCAUUGCCCUGGACCUUGCCACUCCUCUGGAUGUGGGGACGGGAGUGGCACAGCCCUGGGAGUUCCUUCCCCAAAGCCUAGUGCUGGCUCUCCACGCUCAGCCUGGGGCCCCAGCUUUCUGGGAAGGCCCGGGAGGAGGCAGGGGCAGCGUGGGACUGAGAAAGUGCCUUCCUCAGAGCCUUGCCUUCUGGAAUGGGGUGCGUGGCUGGGGGGACAACGAGUUGGAAUCCAGAGCAGAGGGUGGAGGGGCUGACAGCAGUUACCAUCCUUGCAGACUGGGCCAAGCAGGCCGUGGUGCAGAAGUUCCUUGUCUGGCUCUUGGCUUUCUCUCUUCACAUUUUGGCAUUCAGUGAAUGCAUUCGAUAAAUCUAUGCUUUUCUGAUGUGAGUAUGAUGUGCAUGUGUGUUUUCUGUUUGUUUUUUGGUUUUUUUUUUUUUUUUUUUGGUGUCGAACAGGCAGUAAAACCAAGAAGCCAAAUGCUUGGAUUGUUGUUGUAUGGAUUGAUUGAAACUAGCCAAACUGUGGGAGUCACUUGCCCUGACGAUUCCGGGUAAUACUUUUCGCUUGUUCUACUAAAAGAAAAAAAAAAAAAUUACUUGCAAAGGUGCAGAAUCAGAUGCAGGAGUGGAGGGUUCGGGUUCUGCCCUCCCAGGGCGCCUGCGUGAUACUGGAAGGAGAGGAAGGGAGAGCAGAGCGGCUCUCAGCUGCCGGCCUGGCUCCUCCUCUUCCUCUCCGGCCCCGGGAGCCACAGCCUUAUGGUUUUGAGAGCACAGGGCCUAGUGCUGCGCCCAGCGGUGGUAUUUUAAAGUAUUUCUCGGUAGUUUUUAGGAUUAUCAGUCGUCACUUUGCAGGGUUCCUUUUCAUUUUCAAGGGCACCCAGUAUCACUGUUUAGUUCCCUUUCAAAAGCCCUCUUCACACACUCAGGCCCAGUCAGGAAGAUUAAUAAUGUUCGCUGAUUUACUGUCGCCGCAAAAAAAGCAUUAGUUAAUUAGACUUUUACACCUCAGUCAGAUGGCAUUAGACACCCUUUGUGCGCUUUAACUCAAGGAUGUUAAAGACCUAAAUCUCAGAGAAAAAAGAAAAGAAAGAAAAAGGACAGGCACUUUUCCAGUUUAAGCUGCAUGUUGGUCCAUGUUAAUUAGGCAUUUGUCCCUUCGUCUGGAGGUGAUAGAAAAUGCCAGUUACUGCGGUAUUUAACUGACAUCAAACUCCCGUCCAAAGAAUUCAGUUGGGCCCAGCCUCCUCUCUUAAUUGGUGGGAAGGAAAACUCCGGCACACACCCAGAAUAAGGAGGAAACUGUUACUUUAACACUUAAAAAUUUUCAUUCUGGAGGAUCUGAGGAACACUUGUGUAUUUUUUGUUGUGGAUGUUAACUGUGCUGUGGAGCUUUUUAAAAACUGUAACAGACUCUCCCUCUCAGACUUCAGCUACCCAAAUGAUUAGCUUUUGUAAGUCUUCAGUAAGUGAAAGUUUAGUCAUUGCUGUUAUCCAAGGUCAAAAAGUUAUCCAGGGGCCCUUACAGAUUUAUUUAUCUGUUUGGCACUGUAUUUAAGAAGACAUUUAAUUUUCUAGCGCACAGUCAGAUCUGAGCCAGUACUAGAAAUUAGUUUGUGGGUUAAAGUGCCAAGUAAUAGAUGUUUUGAAAACCAAUAUAUGGUGGCAUAUGAAAAGGAUGGUUUUUGUAGGAAUGAUUAGAUGAAACGUGCUCUUUGAAAAGAUUUUAAGCAGCUUCUUCCUGGUUGCUGGAGAAGGUAAUUCUCAGUGACAGGAGUUUAGUUUACCUUAUUCAUGAGCUAUGUAAAACAAUUCCAAAAAUAAUGAAAAGAUUUUUUUUUCUAACUAGGGGUAGCCUUAUUUGACUUUAAACCUUACUUGCUUUGUCUAUGGUUUCUAGCCAAAUGUUCACACGUUUGAGAGCACUUCAUUUUCAGUACUGAACUACUUUUUCGUGCACUGAAUGAAUGCAAUAUGUUAACACUCCUGUCCGGCCCAGAAUUGCUUGGCUGCCCCUUGGCCUGCCUGCCUGGUACUGGCUGAAAAGGUACCAUUGUUUGUUCUGCAAACACUGGGUGAUGUUUGUUUCCAAGGUGACUGGUUCUAUUGCUGCCCUUUAAGCUGGGAGGGGGGGGGGGAGGGGGGAGAGAGAAAGUUGGCUUUAAACACCUGAGAGCAUCCUGUUCUGGAUACGGUCUGUGUGUGUAUGUGUGCUGCUCCGACUCUGUACUGCAGAAGUGGUGGCUUUGAGGUGUGACCCUGCCCACGCCUGGGCCAGCGUCUGCUCCUCGGUAAGGAGGGCCAGCUUGAUAAGACGAAGAAAACAGUGUCAACAAGUGAUACAAGAGAAGAAAAAAAAGAAGUGAACACAGACUCAUUUCCUACUCCACGUGGAUGAUAGCUAUAGCGAGAGAAAACCUCAUAGUAUAUCAGUUGGGGCAGAAAAUGGAGUUCUAUGGCAGAAGCUUCUUAGAAGCUUAAACCCUUGACCCAAUGACGUCAAGUUCGCCCAUUGGCUUGGAAGGUUCAGACUUGUCUUCCGUCAACACCAUGAUGUCAGCAGUAAUGAGUGUAGGGAAGGUCGCCGAGAAUGGCGGGAGCCCCCAGAGCACCAAGUCCCCCACGAAGCCUCCAGGACCAAAUCGGAUUGGCAGAAGGAACCAGGAAACGAAAGAGGAGAAGUCUUCCUAUAACUGUCCCCUGUGUGAAAAGAUUUGCACUACACAGCAUCAGCUAACUAUGCACAUCCGUCAGCACAACACGGACACUGGAGGGGCAGACCAUUCGUGCAGCAUCUGCGGGAAGUCACUGAGUUCGGCCAGCUCCCUGGACCGCCACAUGCUGGUGCACUCUGGCGAGAGGCCUUACAAGUGCACUGUGUGUGGCCAGUCUUUUACCACCAAUGGGAACAUGCACAGACAUAUGAAGAUUCAUGAGAAGGACCCUAACAGUGCUACAGCUACGGCGCCCCCAUCCCCACUGAAGCGCAGGCGGCUGUCCUCCAAGAGGAAGCUGAGUCAUGAUGCCGAGUCAGAGAAAGAAGACCCAGCACCUGCUAAAAAGAUGGUAGAAGAUGGGCAGGCGGGUGAUCUGGAGAAGGUGGACGAAGUGUUUCACUGCCCAAUAUGUUUCAAGGAGUUCGUUUGCAAGUAUGGACUGGAGACCCACAUGGAGACCCACUCAGAUAACCCACUAAGAUGUGACAUUUGCUGUGUCACCUUUCGAACACAUCGAGGAUUGCUACGCCACAACGCGCUUGUCCACAAACAGCUUCCCAGGGACGCAAUGGGAAGGCCUUUCAUACAGAACAACCCUUCCAUUCCUGCUGGCUUCCAUGACUUAGGAUUCACUGACUUCUCCUGUAGGAAGUUUCCUCGAAUUUCUCAGGCCUGGUGUGAAACAAACCUACGAAGGUGCAUCAGCGAACAGCACCGUUUUGUCUGCGACACAUGUGACAAAGCAUUCCCCAUGCUCUCCUCGCUCACCCUGCACAAGCAGACCCAUGUCGCCACGGACCAGGGACGGGACAGGCUGCAGGCCAAGACCCUGCCUGGUGACGCCCUGGACCAGAAGGUCUUCCUGGCCUUGCUGGGCCUGCAGCACACCAAAGACGUCAGGCCUGCCCCCGCUGAGGAGCCCCUGCCGGAUGACAACCAAGCAAUACAGCUCCACACACUCAGGUGUCAGCUACCUCAGGACCCCGGCUGCACCAACAUGCUGAGUCUGUCUCCUUUCGAAGCUGCUUCCCUGGGCGGCUCUCUCACGGUCCUCCCGGCUACCAAGGAGAGCAUGAAGCACCUGUCCCUGCAGCCCUUCCAGAAGGGCUUCAUCAUCCAGCCCGACAGUAGUAUUGUGGUCAAGCCCAUCUCCGGCGAGUCCGCCAUCGAGCUGGCUGACAUCCAGCAGAUUCUGAAGAUGGCGGCCUCCGCCCCCCCUCAGAUCAGUCUUCCGCCUCUCUCCAAGGCCCCUGCUGCCCCUCUGCAGGCCAUCUUCAAACAUAUGCCCCCUCUGAAGCCAAAGCCCCUGGUCACCCCACGGACGGUGGUGGCCACCUCCACACCACCCCCUCUCCUCAAUGCCCAGCAGGCCUCCCCGGGCUGCAUCAGCCCCAGCCUCCCCCCACCGCCCCUGAAGCUCCUCAAAGCCCCCGUGGAGGCGGUCCCCAACGCCCACCUGCUACAGUCCCAGGCCGGAGCCCAGCCAGACACGGCCACGCAGCUCUUCCUGCAGCAGCCGCGGAUAGAGCUGCCUGGCCAGGCCGAGAUGAAGACCCAGCUGGAGCAAGACAGCAUCAUCGAGGCCCUGCUGCCCCUGAGCAUGGAGGCCAAGAUCAAGCAGGAGAUAACGGAGGGUGACCUCAAGGCCAUCAUGACGGGGCCCGGCAGCAAGAAGACGCCGGCCAUGCGCAAGGUGCUCUACCCCUGCCGCUUCUGCAACCAGGUGUUCGCCUUCUCGGGGGUGCUGCGCGCCCACGUGCGCUCCCACCUGGGCAUCUCACCAUACCAGUGCAACAUCUGCGACUACAUCGCCGCCGACAAGGCCGCGCUCAUCCGCCACCUGCGGACGCACAGCGGUGAACGGCCCUACAUCUGCAAGAUCUGCCACUACCCCUUCACCGUCAAGGCCAACUGUGAGCGGCACCUGCGCAAGAAGCACCUCAAGGCCACCCGCAAGGACAUCGAGAAGAACAUCGAGUACGUGACCAGCAGCGCCGCCGAGAUGGUGGACGCCUUCUGCUCCCCGGACACGGUGUGCCGGCUGUGCGGCGAGGACCUGAAGCACUACCGCGCGCUGCGCGUUCACAUGCGCACGCACUGCGGCCGCGGCCUGGGCGGCUGCCCCAAGGGCCGCAAGCCCUUCGAGUGCAAGGAGUGCAGCGCCGCCUUCUCCGCCAAGCGCAACUGCAUCCACCACAUCCUGAAGCAGCACCUGCACGUGCCCGAGCACGACAUCGAGAGCUACGUCCUGGCGGCCGACGGCCUGAGCCCGGCCGAGGCGCCCGUCGAGGCCUCGGGGAGGAUCGAGGACGGCGGCGGGACCUUUGGCGAACGAAAACCGCUGGCCACCUUCCUGGAGCCCCAGAACGGCUUUCUCCACGGGGGCGCCUCCCAGCCUCUGCCUCCCCAUGUCUCAGUCAAGUUGGAGCCCGCCAGCAACUUCACAGUGGAUUUCAACGAGCCCCUGGACUUUUCCCAGAAGGGCCUGGCCCUGGUCCAGGUGAAGCAGGAGAAUGCCGCCUUUUUCCUGAGCCCCACCUCCUCAGCCCCCUACGACUGCUCCAUGGAGCCCAUCGACCUGUCCAUCCCCAAGAACUUCAGGAAAGGAGACAAGGAUACGGCUGCUCCUGCCGAAGUCAAGAAGCCUGAGCAGGAACCAGGGAGCGAUGAGCGGCCCUCUCCCGGUCCUCCACCGUGCCCUACCCUGCCAGUGACUUUGGGGCCCAGCGGGAUCCUGGAAAAACCCGUGGCCCCUGCAGCUCCGGCCUCCGCAGCUACCACUCUGGAAGCACACGCUCAGCCCCUGCAGGGCUCCGUUCAGCUUGCUGUCCCCAUCUACUCCUCAGCUCUGGUCAGCAGCUCCCCCAUCUUGGGCAAUUCCACCCUCCUCAGCAGCCCGGCACUGUUGCGGCCGCUGCGCCCCAAGCCCCCUCUGCUCUUGCCAAAGCCCCCCGUGACGGAGGAGCUGCCCCCACUGGCUUCCAUCGCCCAGAUCAUCUCAUCUGUGUCCUCGGCCCCCACCUUGCUGAAAGCUAAGGUGACAGAGCCGGGGCCCGCGAGCACUAGCAGCAAUAGCGCGGCUCCUGACGGCUUAGGAAGUCCUGUCCCCAGAGCCGCCACCGCCCCCACCAACACCACCAGCCCAAAAGAAUCCAGCGACCCGUCGCCUCCUGCCAACAGCCCAGAAGCAGCCUCCCCCACCGAGCAGGGGCCCGUGGGUUUGUCCAAGAAGAGGGGCCGGAAAAAGGGGGUGCGGAGCCGGCCCCGCUCCGGCAGCGGCGGGGUGGACCUGGACUCCAGUGGGGAGUUUGCCAGCAUUGAAAAGAUGCUGGCCACUACGGACACCAACAAGUUCAGUCCGUUUCUACAGAGCGCAGAGGACGACGCUCAGGACGAGGUGGCCGGAGCCCCCGCCGACCACAAUGGGCCCAGUGACGAGGAGCAGGGCAGCCCCCCCGAAGACAAGCUGCUGAGGGUGAAGCGGAAUUCCUACGCCAACUGCCUGCAGAAGAUCAACUGUCCCCACUGCCCCCGGGUCUUCCCCUGGGCCAGCUCCCUCCAGAGGCACAUGCUCACACACACUGGUCAGAAACCCUUCCCUUGUCAAAAAUGCGAUGCCUUCUUUUCUACCAAAUCUAACUGUGAACGCCACCAAUUGCGCAAACACGGAGUUACCAACUGUUCCCUGAGAAGAAACGGGCUUAUCCCCCAGUCAAAAGAGAGUGAUGUUGGACCCCAUGAUAGCACAGAUAGCCAGUCGGACGCAGAGACCCCAGCGGUGGGGGGCGAAGUGCUGGACCUCACCUCCCGGGAGAAAGAGCAGCCCGCAGCAGAGGGAGCCCCUGCGCCCAUCCAGGUCCAGGAGGAGCUCCCUGCAGAGGACGGGCAGCGGGGACCAGCCGGGGACGGGGAGGAGCAGGGAGCCGGGGAGAGCCAGGAGCGUGAGGACCAGCACAGCAUGGAGGAGAGGGACGAGGACGCGGACGGCCCUGAGGAAGAUACCGUCAGCAACAAGAGCCUGGACCUCAACCUUGCCAGCAGGCUGAUGGGCUUCAAGCUGGCGGAGGGCGAAGGGGGCGCCGCGAGCAGCGGGGGCCCCGCCCAGCAGGACCAGAAGCACGCCUGCGAUGUCUGCGGCAAGAGCUUCAAGUUCCUGGGGACCCUGAGCCGCCACCGGAAGGCCCACGGCCGCGAGGAGCCCAGAGAGGAGGGUACGGGCGCGAGCGGAGGGGCCGAGGGCCCUCUGCCCGUCCCCGCCGUGCCGCCCGCUCCUGAGCCUGAGGAGAAGCCCGCCAACCCCUCCUCGGAGGAGCCCCCGGCGGAAGAGGUGUCUCCAGCCGCGGAGAAGCAGGGCGAGGAGGCCGAGGGCGCCUCCGACGGGGAGGGCGUAGCCGAGAAGAAGCCCUCGGAGAAGAGUGACGAUGACAAGAAGCCAAAGACAGACUCCCCGAGAAGCGUGGCUAGCAAGGCGGACAAGAGGAAGAAGGUGUGCAGCGUGUGCAACAAGAGGUUCUGGUCCCUGCAGGACCUGACUCGGCACAUGCGGUCGCACACAGGAGAAAGGCCAUACAAAUGUCAGACGUGUGAGCGGACCUUCACCCUGAAGCACAGCCUGGUUCGCCAUCAGCGGGUCCACCAGAAAGCCAGGCACGCCAAGCAGCUUGGGAAGGACAGCGACAAGGAUGAGCGAGGCGAGGAGGACAGUGAGAGUGAGUCCACCCACAGCGGCAACAACCCUGUCUCCGAAAAUGAGGCCGAAUCGGCUCCACCAGCCAGCAACCACAUUGCCGUCACCCGGAGCCGGAAGGAGAGCCUGGCCAACUCGACCAAGGAUCCCAGCCGCAGGGAGGAGCGGGCAGGGGGCCGGACGGCAGGUGCCAGCCAGGCUGAAGCCGGCAGGAAUGCCCCCAAGGCCGCUCCAGCGGGCAGCCCCAAGGAGCAGGUGUCUCAGGGUGACGCAGACCCUGAGAGCCCGGCGGCCCUCGUGCAAGACCUGCCAGAGCUGCAGGGCAAGAGGCCCACCCAUCCCCUCCUGGCUGCAGACGGUGCCUCACCACUCCUGGGAAUGGAAUGACAGCUUGUCUUGUCCCCCCACCAGCACACAGACAAAGCCAGCAGAGCAAAGUGUCCUGAAUCUAUGUUUCAUGAGGUUUUCUCAGUGCCCUUCAGCUUUCGGGGAGUGAGAGAGAGAGUGACAUGAGCAGGAGCG